UCUUGAUCUCAAGAACUUGGAAUACUUGGAUUUGAGUUACAAUACUCUAAAUAAUAGCAUCUUCCAAGCCAUCAGAAUGAUGACCUCUCUUAAAACUUUGAUUUUGCGUAGCUGCAAACUAGAUGGCCAAAUACCUAUAGCCCAAGGCUUCCUUAAUCUUAAGAACUUGGAACUUUUAGAUUUGAGUUCCAAUACUCUCGAUAAUAGCAUCUUCCAAACCAUCGGUAAAGUUGAUUACUCUCUCUCUCUCUCUAUAGGUUAUAUAUUUUUCAUUAGACACUUGAAGUUUUAAUUUUUCCUAAAUUAUAAUGUGAUCAGGCCUAUGUGACUUAAAUCAUCUCCAAGAGCUAUCUAUGUAUGACAAUGAUCUCAAUGGUUUCUUGCCUCUGUGUCUGGCAAAUUUGACUUCCCUUCAACAACUAGAUCUCUCUUCCAAUCACUUGAAGAUCCCUAUGUCAUUGAGCCCAUUAUACAACCUUUCAAAACUCAAGUAUUUUGAUGGUUCAGAUAAUGAAAUAUACACAGAAGAAGAUGAUCAUAGUCUGAGCCCAAAGUUCAAGUUAGAGUCCAUCUCUUUGAGCAGUCGUGGACAAGGUGCAGGAGCAUUUCCCAAGUUCCUUUACCAUCAGUUUAGCCUGCAAUCUUUGCAUCUUACAAACAUCCAAAUAAAGGGAGAGUUUCCAAAUUGGUUGAUUGAGAACAACACAUAUCUACAUGAUCUUUCUUUAGAAAAUUGUUCUCUUUCGGGUCCAUUCUUGUUACCAAAGAAUUCUCAUGUGAAUUUGUCAUUCCUAAGUAUAUCCAUGAAUUACUUCCAAGGCAAAAUCCCUUCAGAAAUCGGAGCUCGUUUACCAGGGUUAGAAGUUUUAUUAAUGUCUGACAAUGGUUUCAAUGGAAGUGUUCCUUUCUCGUUGGGUAACAUUAGCUCGCUACAAUUGUUAGACCUGUCCAACAACAGUUUGCAAGGGCAGAUCCCUGGAUGGAUAGGGAAUAUGUCUUCUCUUGAAUUCUUGGACUUAUCAGUGAACAAUUUCUCUGGUCGUUUACCACCUAGAUUCGACACUUCUUCAAAUUUGAGAUAUGUUUAUUUGUCUAGAAAUAAGUUGCAAGGACCGAUCGCAAUGACAUUUUAUAACUCCUCUGAGAUAUUUGCACUAGAUCUUUCCCAUAAUAAUUUAACUGGUAGUAUUCCAAAAUGGAUUGAUAGACUAUCUAACUUGAGAUUUCUACUCUUGAGUUAUAACAAUCUUGAAGGUGAAAUCCCAAUUCGAUUAUGCAGGUUGGACCAAUUAACACUGAUUGAUCUAUCUCACAACCACCUUUCUGGUAACAUCCUCUCUUGGAUGAUAUCUAGUCAUCCUUUCCCACAAGAAUAUGAUUCCUAUGAUUAUCUGUCCUCGUCACAACAAUCCUUCGAGUUUACAACGAAGAAUGUAUCCCUUUCUUAUAGAGGCAACAUUAUCCAGUACUUCACAGGAAUUGAUUUCUCAUGCAACAAUUUCAUAGGAGAGAUUCCUCCUGAAAUUGGAAACCUCAGCAUGAUCAAGGUACUGAACCUUUCGCACAACAGUUUAACCGGACCAAUUCCACCAACAUUUUCGAACUUAAAAGAAAUAGAGAGCUUGGAUCUUUCCUAUAACAAACUGGAUGGAGAAAUCCCACCUCAACUUAUUGAACUAUUUUCUCUAGAGUUUUUCAGUGUGGCACAUAAUAAUCUGUCUGGCAAGACUCUUGCGAGAGUUGCACAAUUUUCCACGUUUGAGGAGAGCUGCUACAAAGACAAUCCUUUUCUUUGUGGAGAACCACUACCCAAGAUGUGCGGUGCGGCUAUGCCACUGUCACCAACACCAACUUCAACAAACAAUGAAGAUGAUGGUGGCUUCAUGGAUAUGGAGGUUUUUUAUGUGACCUUUGGGGUUGCAUACAUCAUGAUGCUGCUGGUUAUAGGUGCAAUUCUUUACAUAAAUCCAUAUUGGCGACAAGCUUGGUUUCACUUUAUUGAGGUGAGCAUCAACAAUUGCUAUUAUUUUCUGGUGGACAAUCUUUCCAUUUUAUCCAAGUUUUGAUUUUCAUAGCCUUGAUGGUAAGACUUGGUGCAUCGUUGUGUAUUCUAGUUUUAAGAUUUAAACAAGUUUAAAUGCAUGCUUAAGCGAUGUUGUAUUAAUUUUUAUUUAUGUUUUGUUUUUCA